AUGUUGGACACGCUCACCUUCUUUCUGGAGAAGUUCUUCUACUUCUUCGUCUCCUUCUUGUCUUCUUCUCCGUGUGCUCGUCACGCCGCGCACACGCCUCCCUCUCGUGCUGCCGUGCUCCGGCGCGGCGACCUGCUGGAGGUCCCGCGCACGCUCUUCACGCACUCCGGCAUCUACCUGGGCGACGACCGUGUGGCGCACCUCAUCCCGGACAUACUCCCCGCCGUCACGUCGGACGCGCGCCUCCUCCGCCGCAAGGUGACCAACGCGCGCCUGCUUCUGGGUGUGCUCGCCAAGCGCGCGAGCGUCCGCGUGGACUCCGUGGAGGACUUCGCGUACGGCGCGCGCGUCCUGCUCAACGCAAUGGACGCGGCCGUGAGCCGGCCCGCGCUGCCCGGCGAGGAAGCGGCGCGGCGGGCGGAGCGCUUGCUGGGCAGCGCCCCCUACAGCCUGCUGUGGAACAAUUGCGAGCAUUUCGUCACGUGGUGCCGCUACGGCGAAGGGAGCAGCCUGCAGACCGAGCAGUUCUGCCAGUGGUUGAAGUCGCUGAUCCGAGACCAGAGGAACGUGGUUCUGGCCGCACUGCUGGGCCUCCUCUACCUGGCGUGUUUGGGCGUGUCGUCCAGCACUACCCUGCCUGCCAUCUUCAUCCCCUUCACACUUUGGAUGGCAAGCUAGAAAGUCCUGGAAGCAGCAGACUCAAACAUGAUCUGCUCUACAGGAAGUCACCUCAUGCCUGCAUAUGGCAGAUUUAGCACACAUAACUCAUGUAUGGUCAUGACUUGUAGCCAAACAGCCAUGUGGCCUUCUGAUGUGAGUGCAUGCAUGCUCACAACACCGUCACCUUGCUAUUGUUAGUGUGUCCUGAGGGCGGUGAUGCUGCUGGGCGACACUAGGAACAAAUGCAGUGAGCUUUUCCACAGCCCUUCCUGUUGGAUUUUGACUUUUAAUCUUACGGGGGUUGCGUGGUCGUAGGUUCAACCCAGGAGGAGACAAAGUGUGUUAAAUCUUUAAAAUAAGCUAAUUUCAGCAUGAGAGAGAUGUGACCAAUAAUAACCUUCUCCUGACCUCAGAAAGAUGUCAGAAAGUUGUCGCAAUGGCGACCACAGUGCUGUCCCCUCCCAUGUGGAUGGAAGAUGUUGACAUAAAAAAAUAUCUGCUUGUUUUUAAGCUACUUUUAAAUGACAAUAUUUCACAUAUUAAUUGAGUUGAAUUGGCUCGUGUUUAUUACAUCAAUGUUAAUGAUAACAUCA